AUGUCCUCUGACUUCUCGCCUACGGAGUCCUCCUCAUCCAAGAACGGCACUCACUUCCAUAGUCAUCAAAGUCAACAUGCAGCUUCAGAUGCUAACAUCCGUAACUUUGCUCCAGUUGCCAGAAUCAUGAAAACUGCACUACCAGACAAUGCGAAAAUAGCCAAAGAAGCCAAAGAGUGCAUGCAAGAAUGCGUCAGCGAAUUUAUCAGCUUUAUCACUAGCGAAGCGUCCGAGAAAUGUCAGCAGGAGAAGCGAAAGACGGUUAAUGGCGAAGAUAUUCUCUUUGCCAUGACAUCUCUUGGAUUUGAGAAUUAUGCUGAGGCCUUGAAGAUCUAUCUCUCCAAGUAUCGCGAGACUCAAUCCUCCCGUACCGACAACCAGAAUAGACCUACGAGCUCUGGAGGCUUUCCUAGUGGUGGACCUGUAGGCGGUGCUUCCAGCAAUACUACUACUGGAACAUUCGUCGGCAACCAACAGAACACGACUAGUCCCACACAAGGGUUGGAUACUGGUGAUCAAGACGCGACUGGUGCAUAUUAUACUGGUCUGGCACCUGGGCAUAAUGGCAUUGGUGGAGAUGGAUAUUAG